GGGAAGGAAAGGGGCCCGGAGUCGCCCGCUCGCCAUGGGGAACGUGCCCGGCGCUCUGCGCCUCUGCUCGCGGGGCUCGGGCCCGGACGAGAGCGCCCCGGCGGCCAGCUCCACAGACGCCUGCCCCAUCGAGCCGCCCAGAUACUCUCGGACCAAGAACUGGCAGACAGGCUGUGUCACCUACGACACCCUCAGCGCUCAAGCCAAGCAGGCUGCUCCAUGCAGUGAGAAGCGCUGCCUUGGCUGCCUUAUGUUCCCCAAGGAGAUGACGCGUGGGGCCCUGGAGGGCCCGCGGCCCCGGGAAGAGCUGCUGCUGCUGGCCAGGGACUUCAUCAACCAGUAUUACAGCUCCAUCAAACGCCUGGACUCCAAGGCCCACAUCCAGCGCCUCCAGGAAGUGGAGCAGGCCAUCUUGGAGACGGGCACCUACCAGCUGCUAGAGGCUGAGCUCAUUUUUGGGGCCAAGCAUGCUUGGCGCAACGCCGCCCGCUGCGUGGGCCGAAUCCAGUGGAGCAAGCUGCAGGUGUUUGAUGCGCGAGAUUGCAUGAGCGUCCAGGAGAUGUUCACGUCUUUGUGCACCCACAUCCAUUAUGCAACCAACCGUGGCAACCUCCGGUCGGCCAUCACCAUCUUUCCACAGCGGACUGUGGGCCGCGGCGACUUCCGGAUCUGGAACAGCCAGUUGAUCCGCUACGCCGGCUAUCAGCAGCCAGAUGGCACGGUGCUGGGUGACCCGGCCAACGUGGAGAUCACUGAGCUCUGCGUUCAGUACGGCUGGACCCCUCCCUACACCCGCUUUGAUGUCCUCCCCCUGCUGCUGCAGUUCCCUGAUGAAGACCCUGAGCUCUUCCCGCUGCCCCCUGAACUGGUCCUGGAGGUGCCCAUCAGCCACCCCUCGCUGGAAUGGUUCGGGGAGCUGGGCCUACGCUGGUACGCGCUGCCUGCUGUCUCCAACCUGCUUCUGGAGAUUGGGGGACUGGACUUCCCGGCAGCCCCCUUCAGCGGCUGGUACAUGAGCAGCGAGAUCGGCAUGAGGAACUUCUGCGACCCCCACCGCUAUAACAUCUUGCAGGAGGUGGCUCAGCGCAUGGGACUGGACACCCGGACAACCUUAUCCCUUUGGAAGGACAAGGCUGCUGUGGAGAUAAAUUUGGCUGUACUGCAUAGUUUCCAGCUUGCCAAGGUAACAAUGGUGGAUCACCACGCUGCCACUGAGUCCUUCAUGAAGCACCUGGAGAACGAGCAGCGCAUGCGAGGGGGUUGCCCAGCUGAUUGGGUCUGGCUCGUGCCCCCCAUCUCUGGCAGCCUCACCCCCGUCUUCCAUCAAGAAAUGGUGAACUACCACCUUUCCCCUCGCUUCUGGUACCAGCCGGAUGCUUGGAAGGUCUACGUCCCGAGAGGAACCACAGUCACCCGGAAGAAGACCUUCAAGGAGAUAGCCAAUGCAGUCAAGAUUACAGCUAAGCUGAUGGGCCACGUCAUGGCCCGCCGUGUCAAGGCCACCAUCCUGUAUGCCACUGAGACGGGCAAGUCCCGAGCCUACGCCCAGAGCCUGGAGCAGCUCUUCAAGUUUGCCUUUGAUCCCAAGGUGCUGUGCAUGGAUGACUAUGAUGUGGUUUCCCUUGAGCACGAGACUCUGGUCCUGGUGGUGACCAGCACCUUUGGAAGUGGGGAUCCCCCCGAGAACGGGCAGGUGAGGAAUUUUGCCAACGCCUUGAUGGAGAUGUCCUGUCCUUUCCUGGGCAGCCCCCAACCGGAGCAGUGCAAGAGCUAUAAGAUGCGCUUCAACAGCAUCUCACAAUCUGACCCGUGUGUGGCUGUGUGGAGGCGGAGGCGCAAAGAGUCCAGCAACACGGACAGUGCGGGGGCCCUGGGCACCCUUCGGUUCUCUGUCUUUGGGCUUGGCUCUCGUGCCUACCCGCAUUUCUGCGCCUUUGCCCAUGCUGUGGACACACGCCUGGAGGAGCUGGGAGGCGAGCGGAUCCUGCCCAUGGGCGAGGGGGACGAGCUGUGCGCCCAGGAGGAGUCCUUCCGCACCUGGGCCAAGAAUGUCUUCAAGGCCGCCUGCCACACCUUUUGUGUAGGAGACAAUGCUGAGGCAGCCGCCAAAGAGGUCUUCACCACCCGCUGCAGCUGGAAGCACCACCGAUACCGCUUGUCAGUCAACGGGAGCACCCCUGACCUGCUGGCAGGUCUGUCACAUGUGCACAAGCGCAAGGUGGUACCAUGCCGUGUUCUCUCCAUCCAGAACCUGCAGAGCCCGGAAUCCAGCCGAUCCACCAUCCUUGUCAAGUUGCUCACAGGGGACCAGCCAGAACUGCAGUACCAGCCGGGCGACCACGUGGGCAUCUUCCCUGCCAAUUGCAAAGAGUUGGUGGAGGGGCUCUUGGAGCGUGUCGAGGAUCCGCCUCCUGCCAGUGAGACUGUUGCCGUGGAGACCCUGGAGGUGGAGACUGAGGGCCCGAGGCGCUUGUGGGUCCCUGAGGGCCGCCUGCCCCCAUGCACGCUGCAGCAGGCGCUCACCUUCUUCCUGGACAUCACGACCCCUCCCAGCCCCCAGCUGCUGCAGCUCCUGGCCACCCUGGCCGAAGACCCAGCUGAACGGCAGCAGCUAGAGCGGCUCAGCCAGGAUUCUCGCCUCUAUGAGGAGUGGAAAUGGUUCCGAUGCCCGACCAUGGUGGAGCUGCUGGAGGACUUCCCCUCCGUCGCCUUGCCGGCUUCGCUGCUCCUUACCCAGCUGCCCUUGCUCCAGCCACGCUACUACUCGAUCAGCUCCGCACCGGAGGCAUCCCCGGGGCAGAUCCACCUCACCGUGGCCGUGCUGAGCUACCGGAGCAAAGAUGGGAAGGGCCCCCUGCGCCACGGAGUCUGCUCUACGUGGCUUUCCCGGCUAGCACCUGGGGAGAUGGUGCCAACUUUUGUCCGAGGGGCCCCAGGCUUCCACUUGCCGGAAGACCCGUCAGCCCCCUGCAUAUUGGUGGGGCCCGGCACUGGCAUCGCCCCCUUCCGGAGCUUCUGGCAGCAACGGCUGCAUGCCCUGGACUCUGCAGGCUCCCUACCAAGCGAGCUGAUCCUGGUCUUCGGCUGCCGCUCCUCCCACCACGACCAGAUCUACGAGGAGGAGCUCCAGGAGGCUCUGCAGAAAGGGGCCCUCAGCCGAGUCCUCACCGCCUUCUCCCGUGAUCCGGAUCACCCCAAGACCUACGUGCAAGACCUGUUGAGAAUGCACCUGGCAGGUGAGGUCUGGCAGGUGUUGUGCCAGCGAGGCGGCCACAUGUAUAUCUGUGGCGAUGUCACCAUGGCCACUGGAGUCCUGCAAACAGUCCAGCAGAUCUUGGCCAAGGAAGGGAACAUGACCCUGACCGAGGCUGGAGACGCCAUCAGCGAGCUCCGGGACCAGAACCGCUACCAUGAGGACAUCUUUGGCCUAACGUUCCGUGCCCAGGAGGUGGCUUUGCGCAUCCGCAGCCAGUCGUUCUCUGCACAUGCGCAGCAGACAGCACGGGGCCCUGCUCCAUGAGUACCUGCUCUUGCCAUGUCCUACCACUGCUCCAGGCUGCACCUCAAUAAAGCCUUUCGUGUUUUGAUAGA